GGAAAAUCGAUUCCUUACAACAGCCGGCUGUUAUUUGGAGUAUGUUACGACAGACCAUGGGCCUUGAUCACAUGCAGUUGACGCACCAUACGUGUUCAGUUAGACCAUUAUGCUAUUGACAAAUCAGGCCAUCGACGAAGCAUGUCUUUCAUAGCUUAUAAUAUACAAUAAGUUGACAACGCCUUGAAGACACUAGAAGGUGCCAAGUGCCCCAACCGCUCGCCUAUAGCAGGCUGAAGCAGCGCCAUUGUUAUUCACCGGAAUGCUCAAGGAUGCUCAAAGCACUUACUAGGCCUACGCUCAUAACGUCAAGCUUUCCAGGAGCCAGCCCCCAGGCUUCUCCGCACACGAAUGGCGAUGAGGAACCAGCUCGUCAAGCAACCCAAGACACUGGUCGAAGCUCCGUAGGACCGCAGAAUGACGAAGGACAUCAUGAUAUUGGCGAUGGCACAUCGUCUACGGCGGCUGGGCAGUCCGCGCCCGUUUUUUACGCGGGGGUUAUGCUCCGUGGUCACAAAGGGGACCUCGCGCGUUUCUUUGAGCUGCCACCAUCGGAAAACCUGCUUGGCGACUUCCACUGUGCUCUGCGCAAAAGAGUGCUUUUACAGGGCCGCAUAUAUGUAUUCAACCACUACGUCUGCUUCUACUCGGCUGUGUUCGGCUUUGCCAAGAAACGGCGAAUACCUAUGCGGACCAUCAAGGCGGUGCGCAAGAAGACGCACCUGGGCUUCCCCAACUCACUGGAGAUUGAGACGGACGAGCGCAAGGACUUCUUCACCUCCUUCCUGUCGCGCGAGGAGGCCUUCCAGCUGGUGCAGAAGCUGGUGCCGGAGGCCAAGCGGCUAGCGGAGGAGGGCGGCGGGGACAACUCCGGUCGGCGGCCCUCAAAUGAAACCAGCUCCACACUCGGGGCGGCCUCACGUGACGCGGGCGGGCAGCAGCGGGGCGGCAGCGGCGCGGCGGGCGGGGAGGCGGGGCGGCAGGGGAAUGGCGGCGAGGGAGGCGGCGGCGCGAGCGGCAACGGCACCAGCGGGCGACCCAUGGGUCUGCUGGGCAUGGGCGGCGAGCGGUCGCUGCUGACCCGCAACUCGGGGUCCAUGGGGGACGACAAUGAGGACGAUGAGGAGGAGGAGGCCGGGUUGUGGGUCCCCGAGGCUCGCCCCGCCCCCCCGCUGCUGCCCGGCUGCCGGCACGUGCUUCACUCCUCGCUGCCGGGGUGUCCGCGGGAGUUCUUCGAGGCGGUGCUGGCGGACAGCGCGCCCUUCUUCGAGGACUUCCUGGACAGCCAGGGCAACCGGCGCAUCAACCUGACCAGCUGGAAGCGCCACCCUCAGCUGGGUCACGUGCGGGACCUGCACUUCACGGCGCCCAUCAAGGGGGCGUUCGGGAACUGGGGGGUCAGCCACACGGCGUGCUACCAGUCGCACAGGUUCUGCCUCUACACCCCCGACCACAUCGUGUUCGAGAGCUCGCAGACCAUGACAGACAUCCCCUACGGCGACUGCUUCACGGUGGACCAGCGCUGGGACGUCAAGAGGGACGCGGGCGCGGAGCCAGACAAGCCGCAGAUCACGUUCGAUGUGCACGUGCGGGUUCCCUUCACCAGCCGCUGCCUGUUCAAGGGUGUGAUCGAGAGCGGCUCCUUCAAGCAGGUGCAGGAGACCUUCGCGAACUUUGUGGAGCAGCUGAGACCCGUCAUGCAGGAGCGCAUCACCUCCCGCAAGACACUUCACAUGCGGGACCCCUGCGAGCUCGGCCCCCCCUCAGCCUCACCCACGCCCCGCAUAGGCCGACCCGCAGCCGCAGCCAACGGCGGCCCGCCUCCGCGCCUCCUUACCUCCUCCCUUCGCACCUCCAUGCAGCACCUCCCCUCCUUUCGAAACCACAACAACAGCGACUCUCCCGAUCGCAGCGGCGACGCCGACGGCAGCGGCGCCCCCCGCGGCAGUGGCGGCGGCGAUCCCUCCCACCCCCACCGCCAGCACUACCCCCAACAAGGCGCACCCGCCGACCCACGGCUAGGCAUAAGCAUGGACUUUGGACCCAUGGGUCACUCCCACCACCACCAUGAACCCGGUGUGGGGCGGCUGCUGGUUAGUCUGGGCGGGCGGUUGGCGGAGGGGCUUCGCGGCUUGUUGGAGGCGGGGGUGGAGCUGGUGUUGAGUCUGACUCGCGCUGAGAGCACUCCUGCGCUGCGGGCGCUGGUGGCUGCGGUGCUGCUGCUGCUGGCGGUGAACCUGCUGUUCCUGGGGAGCAACAUGUGGGCG